CUCAUGUGUGUGGUGUGGUUCGUUGAUAAACAAGAAGCUGUCAAGCGUGCAGGCUCAGACGACCGUCAAAGUUGAAGACCAAUAUCCACCCACUAAAUUUUGUAUCUUCGGACAGCUACAAAUUGUUGAGGCACACAAGUGUUUAGUAAGAUGGGUGGAGAUAAGGAUGAUGACUGUGAUAGCACAUCAGGUUUUUCCAUCAUGAGUGAUGAAGAUUUGGAGGCCCAAGAAAAGGUGGACAUGUUCAGACAAGAAAUAGCAAGCCGACUGAAAAAACACAAGAAAACACUGAACAUUCUGACUAUUGGAACAGCUGGCGUUGGUAAAUCAUCCUUCCUCACAUCUUUGUCUGCUGCGUUGUGUGGUCACUGGCAUGAAUACUCUCUUUCUGGGAAACAUGGAGAUGGGAGGCCAGUAUCAUUUUUCGUCCAAAGAUUUCCAGACUGUGGUUUACAAGAUGAGGCGUAUAAACAGCCAUAUAAAGAUGGCCGUCUCCCAGUGCUGAUUGACUUGGCGGGACUGUCCAACGAGACAACUGAGGUCAAUGAGGAGCUCCUAAGGAUGCUUAUGUACGGUCGGCUCCCAGAAGGUGAACCAGUGGCAAAGGCUGAGGAAAUAGGAAUCCGUCAAGGUGUGGAGGGCCUACGGAAAAAAUACCCCACAGAAAACCCCGAUCUUAAGGUGGACAGGGUUAUUUUCCUUGCUUCGGUCAAUGAGAAAAUUCCGGAAAAACUGAUUGGCUGUGUCAUCCGGGCAGCCAGGCCUUCUGGCACCUCCAACAAUCCAAGGAUAAGAAGUAUCCCAGUGUAUGGAGUCAUGACCAAGAUGGAUAAAGCGGAAGAAAUCCCAGCUGAUGAUGUCAAAGCCAGGGUCAAGGAGUUUACACGAUGCUUGGGUUUAGAGGGCAGUGAGCAUCGCCUGAUGAAAUGUAUUAACUACUGUCAAAGCACUGCUCCUGAGAGGGAAUCCAGGACUUACUCACGUCUGGAUGAACCCAUCCUAAGGUUCUUCAGGCAGUUGGUGGAUCCGUAUAUCAUGGUUUCCUCAGAUCAAGAGGUGGAGGAUUUCUCACAUUUGCUCCCACCCAAACCCCAGCCACCUGCUCCUAAGACCCCUGUGGAGCAGGUAGAGCGUCUCUGGCAGGACGUCUCUGGCAACAUCCAGUUUAAUUCUUCUUGGGCCGGUUGGCUAAUGAUUGUAUUUGGUCUUUUCUUUCUGCUCAUGACGUUUAUGUUCAGGUCUCCAGAAGUUGACAUGAAGAGCCUACAACUGACAUGUACCCGCGUGAGAGACAUGCCUAGGUACGGUGGGAGUUCAAGCCUUGAUGAAUUGCCAGAGCUUAGGGCAGUCUGCAGUAGCUUGAACACAGUCCAGCAUUGUGUUAUUGGCUACAUUUUUUGGAUUAUCUUUGUUAUCUUUGGGGGCUUUGUAUUGUACUUCAAGAAUUAUGUGAAAGAUGACAAAAAGAAUAAUUGAUGGAGAUGCUACAUGCCUUACAAAAGUACACUUGAAUGAAACUACAUAUUUUGAUUAAUGGAAUUAGAUGCCAGAGCCUUUCUUUUUCUCUUUUUGUUUUGACAGGGUGUGUGUCUAUUAACCUGAUGAUUUGUCCAUGCGUAUACUAUAAAAACAUUUUUUUGUGUACACUGAUACAGUCAUGCUUGAAUAGUUGAAAUUGUCUCAUUUGUGGACCACUUUGCAAAAACUGAUAUAGUAGUAGUUAGCUGGAUCUGUAACCAUUCUGGUAAUAUGGUAUUUAAAUUUGGUAUCCAUGUUUAAUCAUGCUGCGCUUAGUCCAUUAAGCCUUUAACUUAUUCCUUAAAUCCUUAAGUGAAUCAUGAAAAUAAUCAUUGAUGUGAUUAAAUAUGUCAAACUUUAUAAUAUUAACGUUUAUUUAUGAUUGUGUGUGUUUUCUAUUUCUCAGAAUCUACCAGAUGUACAAAGGCUUGCUGUUAGUGGCUGUUUCUGUUUGUUUAAUUAUGACCAUUUUAUUGCUUUAUAAUGAAAACUUGAACUUACAGGUAUAUGUAUAAAAAAGACAAACUCUGCAUGUAGUCUUGAUUUUAAAUAUAUCCGGUGUGUAGAUUUUUUAAAACAUAAUUUUACAUUGUCGUAAAAGUGCAUUAUGCAUGAGCCUUAUCCCAGCAGGUUACUGGUUGUUUGAUUAGAUAUUCAUUGUCAUGUUUUUAUUGGAUUAAUAAUGAAGAUUUUCUUCUUUUUUUUCACAUUAAAUAUAUGGGAAAAUGGCAUUGUUGCAAAGUGACUUCUACUCCUUAGGCUAUCAUGCCUUUCACAUUCUUUUAUAUUGGAACUGCUAAGACCUUAAUUUGUUUGUCAGAUUACUUACUGCACCUGGGUAAAAUUAUAGGAAACAGAUCACCUGAAGUGAAGUGGAGAUUUGAGAUCAGUUUUGACUUUAUAGAGAGUAUGAGCAAUGGAUUAUGUAAAACACUGUAAAUUGCCAUGCGCAUUCUGUACUGGAGUGAAUAGCUUUGGCAUUUACAUUCUAAAAAUGACUGAACAGCUACAUGUGUGCAGUUUACAAUCUGUUAUAUCCUUUUUAAGUACUUUGAAUAGCCAUACCAAUUUCUUUCUGUAAUGUAUUGUCAAUAAAUAUGCUGCUUAAAUUC